UGUCGCUCAACUACAUAGAAACACAAGCGUUGUAUCAAAUCGUUGGACUUCCUGCCUAGAACAGUUCAGUACAGGAAGAAAAAAAUAAUGGCGACGCUUCAAGGGUCCCAGUCCCCUUGGACUGGAGGAAAACGGAGAAAAUGCAAUGGCAAUAUCGUCACGAAAAUCACAGCUUGUCAAAUUACAGGCCACGGGUUCAACCGAGGCACUCAGCUCCCUGGAAUCCUGCUGGAGGAAAGGGACAGGCGAGUCAAGUGGCAUGGCAUCCCUACCAUGCUGCAGAAACUUCAUGACAGCAGUCAUCCAAACAGCGACCUCUCCCAUGCCCACAGCCUACUCAAGGUAUUGUUGUCCCAACUCUCCAUGGAGGCCAUGUCUUUCGUCACGGAGGACAGAAAGACCGCUCAGGAAUCCACCUUCCCCAAUACGUACACCUUUGAACUGUUUGGGGGCGUGGACCUGCUCGUGGAAAUCUUGAUGAGGCCCACCGUCACUAUGCAUAAUAGUAAAAACCAAAUGAAUGAUGACUUGGUGAAGGACUGCCUUAGUGUGCUUUACAACUGCUGUAUGUGUACGGAGGGGGUUACCAGGAGCCUGGCGGCCCGGGAUGACUUUGUGCUGUUCCUCUUCACCCUGAUGAACAACAAGAAGACCUUCCUGCAGACCGCCACCCUCAUCGAAGACAUCCUGGGGGCCAAAAAGGAGAUGAUCCAGCUGGAGGGCAUCCCCAACCUGUCCGGCCUGGUCCAGAGCUUCGACCAGCAGCAGCUGGCCAACUUCUGCCGCAUCCUGUCCGUCACCAUCUCGGAGCCCGACGUGGGCAACGAUGACAAGCACACCCUGCUGGCCAAGAACGCCCAGCAGAAGAAGAACAACACCCCCUCACGCGCCGAGGUCAACCAGGUGGCGCUGCUGAACAUCCCAGGCUUCAUCGAGCGCCUGUGUAAGCUGGCCACCAGGAAGGUGUCGGAGGCCACGGGGGCCUCCAGCUUCCUGCAGGAGCUGGAGGACUGGUACACGUGGCUGGACAACGCCCUGGUGCUGGACGCCCUCAUGCAGAUGGCCUCGGAGGAGACCGAGCAGAGCAGUACAGAGUCCUCAGACGAGAGCUCCCUCGCCACCAGCCCUCUCCGCCACCACCUACCCCAGUCCAUGAAGAUCGUCCAUGAGAUCAUGUACAAGGUGGAGGUGCUCUACGUGCUGUGUGUGCUGCUCAUGGGCCGCCAGAGGAACCAGGUGCACAAGAUGCUCGCUGAGUUCCGUCUCAUUCCGGGACUCAACAACUUGUUUGACAAGCUCAUCUGGAGGAAGUACACUGCCUCCAACCACGUGGUGCACGGCCAGAACGAGAACUGUGACUGCAGCCCGGAAAUAUCGUUUAAAAUCCAGUUCCUGCGGUUGCUGCAGAGUUUCAGCGAUCACCACGAGAACAAGUACCUGCUGCUGAACAGCCAGGAGCUGAACGAGCUCAGUGCCAUCUCCAUGAAGGCCAACAUCCCCGAGGUAGAGGCCCUGGUCAACACGGACCGCAGCCUGGUGUGUGACGGCAAGAAGGGCCUGCUCACCAGGCUGCUCACCGUCAUGAAGAGGGAGCCCCCAGACUCCUCCUUCAGAUUCUGGCAGGCGAGGGCUGUGGAGAGCUUUCUGCGUGGGGCCACGUCCUACGCAGACCAGAUGUUCCUCUUGAAGAGAGGACUGCUGGAGCACAUCCUGUUCUGCAUCAUCGACAGCGGCUGCACCUCCAGAGACGUUCUGCAGAGCUACUUCGACCUGCUCGGGGAGCUCAUGAAGUUCAACAUCGACGCCUUCAACCGCUUCAACAAAUACGUCAACACGGAGGAGAAGUUCCAGACCUUCCUGACCCAGAUCAACAGCUCCCUGGUGGACUCCAACAUGCUGGUGCGCUGUAUCGUCCUCUCCCUGGACCGCUUCGAGAACCAGACGGAAGACGUUAAAGUGGUGGAGGUCCUGUCUGAGUGCUGCCUGCUGUCCUACAUGGCCCGGGUGGAGAACAGGCUCACCUUCCUCUUCAGACUGGUCAACAUCAUCAACGUCCAGACGCUCACACAGGAGAACGUGAGCUGUCUCAACACCAGCCUGGUCAUCCUGAUGCUGGCCAGGAGGAGGUCCAAGCUGCCCUUCUACCUGGACGCCCUGCGCGAGAAGGAGUACGCCGAGAAGUACCCCGGCUGCCUGCUCAACAACUUCCACAACCUGCUGCGCUUCUGGCAGCGCCACUACCUCAACAAGGACAAGGACAGCACCUGCCUGGAGAACAGCUCCUGCAUCCCCUUCAGCUACUGGAAGGAGACGGUGUCCGUCCUGCUGGGCGUGGACAGGACCUCCUCGUCCGCCAUCGCCAGCUACAUCGACGAGCCCUACAUGGACCUGGACACGGACCCCCUGGAGGAGUGACCAGCAUAGCCCCUCCCCCUGCCCCCAUCCCCCACCCCCCCCCCCCGACCCCCGACCCCCCACACUGUCAAAGUUCUCAUGUUGGAGGCGGUGGGCGUGUGGACAGAUGGCGCCCAUCGGACUCCUUAAUGUGGCGAGGGCGCCUGGGCCGAGCGCAGACCACGGGUUGUACUGUGUCCCACGGGACGGCGCCACCGUCUGGACGGGAGGGCCGAGGAUGCUGCCGCGCAUCCUUCUCAUGACCCCCCCCCCCCCCCCCCCCCCCGGGGUGACCGAAGAGCACCCACCUGGCCAUCGUAUCCUCACCCUGCAGGCUCUUGGCGGUCGCCCCCCCCCCCCCCCGCCCCCGCAGUAGACUUCUUAAUGGACCUCGGGCGACGCCCCCGUGAAGGCUGUGUGCUUUAGGGGGGGGGGACGGGGGGGCGUUGGAUAUAAACUAAAUGUCAGCUUUUACGAAAGAUUUCUGUAAAAAAAAAAAUACAAAUAUGAAAGCGUACACUAAACAUAUUAUAUGAUGGGUGGGGAGGGGGGGGUACUUCAUGUCUUACGAGGACUUUUGGAGAGAGCCCGCCAAGGGCUGAUUGUGUGCCACAGGCUCGUCUAUCAGAUGUUGUUAGCCCUAGACCACAUCACUCCCCCCCCCCCCACGUGGUCUCUUGGGUGGUCCGGGCCUCGGGGCGCCCGUGUUUUCCUUUGACGGUUAAUUCUCGUUGGUGGCGACCGACUGGAGGCUCUGUGGCCACGCUGUGCCCCUCUAGGUAGCUCACUGAUCGUCAUGGAGAUGGUUACACUAAUUCACAAACGACAUCCGCCUCUGUUGUGGCUUCACAUGCUUUAUCCAGGGACUUUAUUUUUCAGAUGUGUGUGUGUGUGUGUGUGUGUGUGUGUGUGUGUGUGUGUGUGUGUGUGUGUGUGUGUGUGUGUGUGUGUGUGUGUGUGUGUGUGUGUGUGUGUGUGUGUGUGUGGUUGCCUGCGUGUGUGUGUGGUUGCCUGCGUGUGUGUGUGGUUGCCUGCGUGUGUGUGUGGUUGCCUGCGUGUGUGUGUGUGGUUGCCUGCGUGUGUGUGUGGUUGCCUGCGUGUGUGUGUGAGUGCGUGAAUUCAUUUUGAGAAAAAAACAUUUUUAGCUUGAUGCAUUGUAGAAUAAAACCUUGCACAGAAUAAACUGUUUUAACUGUAGCUCAAACGCUUUUGUUUAAAAAAGGAAAAGUAAAAAAAAUCCAUGUUUUCUUGAUCAAAUUUUGCAUCCAUGUUGUGAGAGAUGGUUUGCUACGGGGAAUAAACUAUGCAGGCUCUAGUGUU